AAAUAAAAACCUUAGUAAGCCCAAAUGGCUGACAAGUUCAACUAAUCUGUCAAGUAGGAAGUCGUCCCACAACACUACAGUUAACAUGGGAAAUUUGCUGCGCAUUUUGUUGAACAACCAGAAUGCUUCACGGCAAUCAGACAAUCUUUUUGUUGACUUUGAAAAUGUUGAGCCAACAGAUUCAGAACGCCGUGUCUGGCAGCUUGUCAAAACUGUAUUAGAAUCAUCGCAAGAAGUCCUACGAGAAUUACAAAAUUACACUGGUGCGACGGAGGAAAUAAGAAUGGCAAUAUCCAAUCCAAAACAAGAGGACUUACAAGACAGAGCCUGGCAAUCUGUCACACCUCUUGUUUCUAAGUUAAGAACUUUUUUUGAGUUCUCAUUAGAACUAGAGCGUGUUAUACCAGAGUUACUAGGAGAACUGUGUUCUGAGGAUCUUGCUCCGAAGGAACACCUGGAACAACAACAAGCUUUGUUUAAACAGUUUGCAGAAAUUUUAGAUUUUGUUUUAAAAUUUGAUGACCUUAAGAUGACGACACCUGCCAUACAGAAUGAUUUUAGCUACUACAGAAGAACAUUAAGCAGACGGAAAAUGGCCAAUGAGGAUGAGAUUCAGGCAGGGGAGGAGCAUGUGUCUAAUGAACUAGCCAAUAGAAUGUCAUUGUUUUAUGCUCAAGCCACUCCCAUGCUCAAGUCUCUCAGUGAUGUCACAGCAAAGUUUGUAACUCAACAUAAAGACCUGCCAGUAGAACAAACCACAGAUUGCCUAAGCAUGAUGGCUAAACUUUGUCGAGUUAUGAUUGAGAAUCCGGAACACAGCCAGAGGCUGAAAGAAGAGACAAGAUUAUUUUGUCUUCGGGUGAUGGUGGGUGUGAUCAUUCUUUAUGAUCAUGUUCAUCCAGUAGGAGCGUUUGCCAAAACAUCCAGCAUAGAGAUGAAAAGCACAAUAAAGCUCCUGAAAGAACAAGAAAGAUCAAAGGUUGAGUCAUUACUGAAUGCACUAAGGUACACCACAAAACACUUACAAGAUGUCACAACAUCCAAGUCCAUCAAAGCCAUGCUAGCAAAUUAAUUUGUUGGGAUCUCUUCCUAACUUUUUUCAACUUCCAGUCUUUUUUUUUUCCCCUUGAUUUGGGACAUGCUGCUGUCUAUGGGCUGCAUCCAUUGUUUGCUGCUCUCUGCAUUCCUUUUGUGUUUAGUGAAAGACUGUACAGACUUAUACCAUUCCAUUCGUUUCAUCUUUUGCUCCUAAAGUUAGCUGGGUUUAUAGAUAAAUAUAUGUUGUUUUUUUUUUUUUAAAAAGCCUUCGUUUUCAUUUUGUUUAUUAUCUUGACACUUGAGUCAUUCAAGGCUAUUUAAAAAUUGUGUUAACGAAAUGGCAACUACAUGCAUAGCUGCUGUUGUUAAAUAUUGUUUCAUUUUUUUUUAAACACUAAUUUGGAGGUUACAUAAACAUUGUUGGUUUCCUUGCACCAGAGCAAUAUCUUUCGGUUUAAAUGUUUAGUGUGACUCUCAGACUGUUUCACUUGACAAGAAGAGAUCUACCCAGUUCACUAUGCAGUGAUGCCCCAUAACAGCAGUGAUGAAUGAACCUUUUCAGUUUGUGGCUAAUGACCCUCUCCCCUCAGAGAGGUGACUAGACAUCAUUAAAUAUUACCUAGCUCUGUUGGAUAUAAUUUAAACAAUGUGAAAUAAUUUGUAUUUCUGUAUAUAAUUUUUGUUUCUUUUGAAAUGUAUUUUACUCACAUUGGCCCCUCCCACACCAAUAGAAAUGAACAGCUUAAUAAUGCUUGCCUGCUGCAGUUCAGUAGAACCAAUUAUAUGACAGUGAAAGCAAGAACUAUGAAAUAAAAACAAUGUAUCAUUAGAAGAGCGCUUGGAACAAGCUUGUUUAUUAAAUAAUGGCCAAGCUUUACUAUAACAUGAUAAAACUGAUUUUAGCUAGGUCUACAGUUUUAAAAGUGUGCCUUCACUUAUACUGUGCAUAGAAAAAUGGAUUCUCAUUUAAAUUGACUCAACUCUGGUAAAGCUUAUUAUAUGUACAUUUUUAGGAGUGUCUCAUGAACUUAACCUCUAUAGUCUCUUGACUGGAGCGUUUUUGACCUUUUCACUGUGGUAACCAAACUAACACUACAAUUAUGCAUAUUUUCAUUGUAAUGCAGAAGAUAAGCAUAAAUUGUUGUAUGUUAUAUAAGUGGGUGGAAAUUGUGUCUAUACACUUAAUGCUGUUCUCUGCCAUGGUUAUGGAAAAGGAAAGUCCUAAUGCAGUCUUUGAUUGUGUUGUGACACAUUCACCAUUUAUAAAUUCAAAUUUCAGUCCAACACUCUUCUAUCUAAAUGUUACCAGGGUCAAAGAUAAUGCUUUUUGUGUGUGCAAGUUUGGAUCAGUGAUGCCCAACCCUACUCGGCCUGCGGGCCAUUUUAAUUUAAAAACACUUGUGUCAUGGGUCACAAAAAGAUACAAAAAUGAAAUAAAAUUAACCUGAUUAGAAACCUGUGGGUCUAGUACCCGUAGUUUAACAAUCUUUUAUUUGUGGCUCCAAAUCAAGAAUGCCCCUAUCUUUGUUUCAUAAUGCCAUUUAUAUAUUGUUUUUUUUAAACAGCCGCACCUUUCUUAUGAAACAAACAUGUUGGCAUAGUAUCAUGUUUCACAAACAAGUAAAUAUUUGUUGGAUUUUCCUGGUAGAAACUCCAUUCAGAGUUCCAUCUCGUUAACACUCGUUAAGAAUGAGGGCCUAACGUAGGUAAAAAUACAUCUUUCAACCUUUUUUUUUUUUUGUGAGGGUGAUUAACUACACUUUGUGCCGACAUUUCAACGGGCCGGAUUUUGGGCAUCACUGGUUUGGAGGCAAAUACUUUGAGGAAAAUGUCAGAGGUCGAGCAAUUUGUGCAUUGAUGUUUGUAUUAAUUUUAGAGAAGUAAUAAUGAGCAAGCCUUACUAAAGUCAUAUUCCCUUAGUGAUACAUAGUUGUCUUUACAACUGAUAUAUUUUUAAAAUUCCUCCUAAUAGAUAUUUUUGUGGAGGGGAAAUUGUUAUUCCCCUGCUGAGAGUUGUGUGAUACUGUAGAAGUGGAGGACUCGUCUAAUAGAACACUUUAGUGCUGUGAUUGUUUCUUUGUAGUGCUUUCAGAUUCCUUCUUUGGACAUAAAGAUAAAAUUUAUAUACAAGUGCUUCUCGUUACUUAAUGUUGUUUUUUUUCAUGCUAUUAAUGAAAGCCUUAUUGUAGAAUGGUCAAGCGAGAGAGAGAGAUUGCUUUACUAGUCUUUCCUGUUAAGUAUUUCUAGAUCAACCACAAUUUUCUUUGUAUUAAUAUUAUGCAUAUGUGUAUGUUUUUUUUUCACAUCAGAUUGUUUUUUCACAACACAUUAAAAAUUCUUUUUUUUUUUUUGUUAAACUCAUCAUUCCAUGUCCUGACAUUAUUUGACUUAAUCCCUGCUCAUUGUUGUUGUUUUUUUUUGGGUGAUUGUUUCUAGUUUUGUAUCUUUAAAAAAAACUAAUUCUAAAUAAUUUUUUUUCUAAUGAACACUGAUCUCUUGAAAUAAAUGUAUCAAGUUGUGUAGUGUUGAUAGACUUGCAUUCUUCUUAUAUCUAUCCAGUCAUCUGUUCCUCGUUUUUCAGAACGUUGCAUUUCCCUUUUAUCUGUUUUAUCUGCCUCUGUAACUUUUGAUUAUGUCAAUCAAUGAACUGUACAGCUAGUCUGUUUCUUUGGUUAGAUUUGAGUGAUUAUGAUUUUUUUUGGCUCAGUUAUUUCAACUAUGGUAAUAUAUAUAUAUAUAUAUAUAUAUAUAUUGAAUUAUUUUUUUUUGAAUUGUGUAAAUAGACUAGUUUGUUUGUGAGGUCACAAUAUUAGUUUACCAUAAAGUUAUCAUUCCUCUGUUAAUUUUUCACUUAGGCACUAUGACUUCUUGUUGAUUUCUAGUUUGUCCUUUGUUAAGUUUGUUACACACAAGCUGAACAUUGUUGUUUUAUAGGCAGGCUUUACAAGGUAUACAUCGGAAUCACAGUCUGGGCAAAAUACUUCUCCUAGGAACUCAUGAUCAUGCUUAGAUUAGAGCAGGGUAUUUAACAAAUCACACACUACUUAGAACACUGAGGCUCUGUGCUGCAUAGUUUGAGGACAUCUUGUCAUUGUUGCUACAAAUAAUAUGUUGAAAGUACUGUAGCAAACAAUUGUGUAUUUUGUUGAAGCUAGAAAAUUUCUUUUUUGGUUUUUAAAUUCUAAUUUAGUUUGUUCACCUAGUCUGGUAUCUCGUAACAUUGUGUCUUUGUUUCCAUUGUUUCAAAUAAGGCAGCUGCUCCUGAAUGUUUUUAGUUCUUUGAUUUAUUUUUUUUCCCACCACAACUGAGCUUUUGUAGAAACAAACAUUUAAGUGCACCAUAGAAUCCAUGCUCAGAGCUUGUACACUUUUUGUCUAUUGACAUUGUUAGUGCAAAGAUGUCAUUAACAUCCAUUAAAGACUAUUUGAUCAUUUAUCGCUCAUAUAUCACUUUACUCUUACUAGAAAAACCUAGUGGCAGUUUGAUUCCAACAGGGACAUCCAGAGAACUAUUACCGAAUUCAUGGCACAUAUAUUUAAAACCCAGAACAAAGAUGCUAGGAAAGAAUGACUAUGAAUAUUGAGAAUUUAAGCUGAUGCUCUUUAUCUGCAUUGCUUGUGGCCACUUGUUUAGAUCACACAUUUGUUUGUUUAUUUUUGGAGCUGUGACUUCUGUUUCAGUGAUAUGCAAACAAGUGAGGUGAUAUAUGAACGAAUGAUAUAUAGCUAGCAUAGUGGCAUAAUGAACAAUUGCUGUCAAUAAUUUCAUUUUGCUGCAACGCCAAGCUAUGUGGUGUGAUAGUAAUAUGUCAGUUUUACUGAGACUUUGUUAUGGUUUCUAUUUAGAAAUGUUUAUCUAGUUUCAAAAGUUUGAUCAUUCCUCUGCUGCCCUGCAACAUGGUUGGCAUAAUAAUCUUUAUUUCAAAAGGAAUAUCUCAAACUUUUAAGUAGAGUUAAUUAAGUCCAUGCAAUAAUAUAAAAUGACAUAAUGAUGAUGAAAUAUAUUCAGUUUGCAUUAUAUAUAGCUAAUGUCUAUAAUUUCAGUGGAUUAGUUUUAUUCUGCUUGCAUCAGCUUUGUUAGCUUCUUUAGCCCACUGUAUUAUGACUUUCUAUUCCCACACACUCUGAUUCUGUUAACAAGUGAUUUGAUCAGUAACUGUGAACAUUGGUCUAUGUAAAUAUUUAACUGUAGGUCUAUGGUUGUGAUGGAAUAAAUGGGAGUUUCAUGUCCAAAUGUUGAGUGCUGUGUGAUCUGGGCUGCCUAACAAAUGUCUUUGUGAUAUUCUUGGUGUAGUCUUGGUCGCAUCACUCUGUCGCAGGAAUUGAACACACAUUGUUUACUUUCUUUCUUCCUUAUUAGUUCAAGGACUAAGCAUUUGUAUUUAUAAACUUUUAAACUCUCAGCUCUUCUACAAAUAUUUGAGUCAUUUUUUUUUUACUUUUCUAAACGACAGCUUUUUAUGCUGUGCAAAUAUUUCACAUUCACUUCAUACAGUAAUUUGUUGCAUGCAUUCGUAAAUAUAUAUAUAUAUAAAUAUAUAUAUAGUAAAUAUGAAUAAUAAAAGUAAAGUAAUAUAAUUCAUAAUAUAAAUAAAUAAAUUGAUAAUUUAAAAUAAAAUAUUUAUAUAUAUAAUUUAUAUUAUGGCAGAUUAAUUUAAGCUUUAAUUUUUGUUGUUGUUUUUUUUUUUUCAUUGGUUCAUUAUCUGUAGAACCUUGGACCAAAUGUUUUAGUUGAAAUUUAAAUAUCUUUGUUGACAUGCAGAUUUUUAUUCAAAAGUUUCCCUUUCACACCUUAUGACCUAUGGGGCAGAUGAUGUUAAGUGCUUAGCUUCCGAACCUGGAAUGCUGGGGUUGAAUGUAGGGGAAAACUGGGAUUUUGAAUUUUGUGAUUUUUAGGGCGCCCCUGAGUUCACCCAACAUUAAUGGGUAUUUGACUUAAGUUUGGGAAAGUAAAGGCGGUUGGUCGUUGUCUUGACCAAAGACACUGAUGAACUUAACAUCUUCUGCCCUAUAGAUCACAAGGUCUGAAAGGGAAACUUUUGAGAUUUUUAUUCUGGGCAUAUAAUUAUUGCUAUUAUAUGGAUACUUAAAAAAACAACUAAUAACUUCAUUGUGGAAGUUUUUUUUCUUUUUUUUUUUUUUGUUUGGGCCUCAGAUUUUUUAGUUUGCCUUUAAGUUUAAUGAUGCAGUAUAAGUGUUUCAUCUAUGUAUUUAUCUCCAGUGUCCUCCAGUAUAUUGUAUGAAUAAGUUUGGUGUUACAGUAUUAUACUGAAUGACUUUGUGAGACCAGUACAGACAUCAUGUGUAUCCCAUGUUGCACUUUGAUUCCUGUUCUUUUUACAUUUGUCUGAAAUGGUUUUCAAGAGAUAAUGGAGCUUUGGUUGCAAGAAAAGUUGUACCCUCAUAAUAUUUAAGAGAUACAAAUAUUUUCUUUUACCAACAACCACUUUGUCACGUUUUGUGUAGUCUUAGCACUGGCGAUGUUUCCCCCCUGAGAAUCCAACCUUGUGAUGUUUCUUCUCCUAAGCUGUUGAAGUUUUGUUACAAAUUUGUUUUGUUAAUAUCUUCAUGUUUAUAACUCUAAAUUGUCCAGACUUUGCUAAUCACAGUAAUAGAUUGUAUUAUAAUUUUUCACAAAAAUAUUUCAGCAAUUUUGGCUGAAGUUGAUUUCUCAAGUUUGUCUAAUGAAGGUAUUAAGCUCAUUAGUUAAAAUAAGUAUGUGUGCUUGUACAGAAGUGUCUGGGUGCAGGGUUGGUCUAAAUGGUUUGAGUAUCAUUCCCUUAUCUUUGCUUUUAGUUGUGUUAGUCUUAUGAAGCACCUUUAAUGUUAGUUUUCUGUCAGUGACCAACUUAAGAACUGCUCAUUCUGUUAUUGUUGGUAGUCUCAACAAGAGCAUGUUUUAAUGCUACCACAAGUAAUACAAGUUGCAAUGUAUCAUUCCUAUGCAAUGUAUUUAAAUAUGUUUAUAGUUAACCUUUGCAGCUUUGAAAUACAUAAUAGUUUUUUGUUUUGUUUUUUUUUUUAACUUUUUUUAUUUAAAAAAGUCGAAUUGGUUGCUAUAUGAUGUAAGUCAAAACUUUUUUUUUUCAAAUAACCACAAACAUUUUUUCCCCAUUUUCAAACUGGUCUAGAUGUGUAGUGAGAGAUGUCAUUGUGUUGUCCCGUCUGCUUCCUUGUCACUCUUCAAUAAAACAUUGAACCAACAUUUUUAAUGAGCUUUGAAUGAGAUGGAAACAUGUUUGGAUGAAAGAGAGACAUUUUUCUCAGUAAAAUUUUUGUUUUUCAACUUUAAUCAUUAUUGUUUUCAUAAUAACACUGUGCCAUAAUUCCAUCCUUGUUACAAUCCCCCCCCCACACUAUUCCACUGUCACCUGACCUUUUUGUGGUCACCUGAAGUGUUUGUGGGUCACUUGACCUGUUUGUGAUCAGAGCCAUGUAAUCACUUAGACAAAAUCUUUUGGUUGUUCUCAUUCCCCCAUAAUGUCAUCAUGAACUGAAUAAAAAGCAUGUUGAACAA